AUGGUUAUUGCGUGCAUUAUGGUGCAAUUGAGGGUAUUAUUCCUUUCUAUAAUACACUCUGCACAAAAGUAUGCAUUAUAUAAUGAAUAUAAAGAGAAUUGUACUACAAGCAAGAAAAAUGUCUGCCCAGAUUUUUUCAGCAAAUGUGAGAAUAAUGAUCCAAAUACUUUGUUAAGUCAGCUAAAAUGUUAUGAACAUGCCCAGAUUGAAGAAACAUUGUCUGAAAACAAGAAGUAAAUGACUUCUGGUGUUUUAUAUAAGACUAUAAAUAUGUUAUAUAUAACUGAUAUUAUUCUUUUAUAUACAUGCUUACACCACUGGGAAAAUUGUUACGAAAUGGUUUGGAAUGGAAUAGAAAUAACAAAAAUGAGCACAACAAUAUAUUAUUUGAUUAUGUAUCAUAAUCCUUUAUCCAUAUUCAGGAUAUGGGGAAGAACAUUAUAUAGGAUAUCAUCUCGAGUAAUAUUAUUAUUUCAAAACAGUUAA